UUGUAUGCGGCGAUAUAUGAGUGUGUUGCCGGUCAGCCAUUAUCUCUCUUCCGUUUAGUGAAGUUUACAUCUAGUCAACUCAAAAGGAACACGCUGUUGGUAUUUGACCCACUUGCGACCUAUUCGUCAGGUAUGUCUUUCCGUCCGCGGUCAGCCUGUUAUCUAUUUGACUGUGUUUCAGUGUGGGGUGACACCUGCCGGGCUAGUUUGCUCGAUAACAUUUAACAAUGAAGCACCUUUACAGGUAUUUCGUUCUAAUAGCUCUAAUAUUUUUACUCAUGACUGCUGCGCUUCAUUUCGUACCAAAAUUGGUCAUGAAAAAAGAUGGAUAUGGCGGGAAAUUACGAUGCCCCUUGAUGCCGUCAGAGCUCGGAGAAAUAUCGAAUAAGGCUGAGGACAGUGAUAAGAAAUGGCCAGCCUGUAGUUUUAUCCACAAACAUGUCCGGGAAGGGUCUUCAAAACUUCCCUAUGUGUGGGACAACGAUAAUGGUGACGAUAGGAUAGUUUCACAGAUGGAAUUUACUCCAAAAAUCAAAGGAGAAAAGAAAGUGAUAUGGACGAGAGCGUCGGAUUUCAAUGUGCCAGCAGGAGAUGCUAAAUUUAGUACCUGUCCUGUUAACCAUUGUACUAUUAUUGAGGAUGAGAGUUUUCCAGUAAUUGAUGCGAAAUUGUGGAAUAUGCAGUUUUCUCAUAUGGAUAUGCCUCGGUUAAAUCCAGCCCGGACGAAACAUCCGAACCAAGUAUGGAUAAUCUACAACCUCGAAAGUCCCUUAGCAACCCCGGACUAUUAUCUACUAGACAAUCUAUUUAAUUGGACAGCCUCUUAUAGAAGAGAUUCAACAAUUGUGACGCCGUAUGAAAGAUGGCGUCCGCAUGAAAAGGUCAAGCCUUCAAAGAAAAAUCGAAAUUAUGCAGCUGGAAAAAGUCGAAAAGCCGCCAUGUUUAUUUCUAACUGUGAUACUUCUAAUGGACGAAUGGAUUACGUGCACGAAUUACAAAAGUAUAUAGAUGUUCAUGUAUACGGCGCAUGCGGCGACGGAACUCACAAUUGUGAUAGAUUUGAAAACCAAACAGCGUGUAUAGAAACACUUAAGAGACAUUAUAAGUUUUAUUUAUCCUUCGAAAACUGCAAUUGUCGACACUACAUUACAGAAAAAUUCUUCGUGAAUGCAUUGUCAACUGACGUCAUUCCAGUUGUGAUGGGAGCACAUCCCGACGAUUACCGAGCGGUGGCGCCACCUGGAUCCUUUAUCCAUGUUGAGGAUUAUAAUUCACCUGAAGAUCUAGCAAAAUAUUUACAUAAAUUAGACAAAAAUGAUGACCUUUAUAACGAAUAUUUCAAAUGGAAAGGAACGGGUUCUUUUAUUGAUACAAAGUUUUGGUGUAGAUUAUGUGCCCUACUUAAUGACCCCGAUAAACCAAGCGUGGUCGUGAAAAGUUUAAGUACUUGGUGGAGGCCUCCAGGUGUUUGUAUCCGUCGGGACCAGACAUGGAAGGACCUAAGAUAACGAGCAUAAUUCGCCGAUUGUAUUUUAUCGUCAAACUAAUAUUUGUUAUUUAUUGAAAUCCACAAAGCUGAAUUCCAGGAUGUGAUAUUUUAAACAAUAUUAUCUCGGACAUAUCGUUAUCAUUCCAUAUAUUAAAAUGAGAGUUUGUAGAUCACAAUAAAUCUUCUGUUAAAGAGAAAAUAUCAUUCAAAUUUGGUAGAACCCGAGACUUUCCCGAGGGUUUUUCCAUAUUUGAAAAUCCCGAGGGUGGAAUUUCCCUUUUCUACACCCUUGGACAUGAAAGAGUAUUUUUCUUUCAUUCCA